AAAUUCUAUGAAAUCAGAGAAUUUCUAAUUAUCAAAUCGUUGUUCUACCGCAGUCUGCCAUCGAUAAAUCAUGCUAUCACACACGAGACAAUUGACUUAAUUCUUCUGCGGUCUUUCUAGCGAAAAUGCUCUCUCUGUACGAUGUUAAUAACUGGUUUGAGGCAAGCAGGUUGGCUGUGGGCUGGCACAGCUAGACAGCAGCGACAUGCUGUAUCACGUUUAACGCCACUCUCUUGUAACCCGUCAGCAGCAUCUGAUCGGCCCCGCGUUUUACAGCGUUCAUUUUCCCUACUUCGGAGUGUGUGUCGAUCCGGUGGUGUUGUCCAUCAUUGUGAUUAUUCUACGCCCCGCUCCCGUGUCGUCCGUGGAGGAGGGAGAGGGACGCCCGAGGCGGUGGGUUCCUGUGGGGUCCCCGGACUCAUCACAACAACAGCAGCGCAGUGCAGUUCAUGCUGGCGCGCUGAUCCUCAGUUGUCCAUAAGGAGAUUGUACUCCACUGAUUGUACGGAAAAUAUGCCGCCCAUCACGGAGGAAGAACGGGAAUUGGAGAAAAAUAAAGCACAGGUGGUAAAAUGGAUCAAAGACGACUCGACCCCUGUGAUCGUCUUCAGCAAGACCACCUGUCCCUUCUGUAAAAAAGUCAAAGAACUCCUGAACACCCUCACCGUCAAGUACACCGCCAUCGAGCUGGACACCCUUCCGAAUGGUCCAGCGCUCCAGUCAGCGCUGCACUCUCUGACCAACCAGAAGACCGUCCCCAACGUCUUCAUCCGGGGCCAGCACAUCGGCGGCUGUGAUGCCACGACCAAACUGCACGAGGACGGCAAGCUCCUCCCGCUGAUCAACGCCGGCGGCGGGUCGGCGGCCACCCUCCCCGCCAGCGCCAGCAACACAAGCACCAAUGGGGAAGUGGCGCAGCGGAAGUAUGACUACGAUCUGGUGGUGAUUGGCGGGGGAUCGGGCGGGUUGGCGGCCGCCAAGGAAGCGGCGGGACUGGGCGCCAAGGUGGCCGUGUUUGAUUUUGUCCAGCCGACGCCGAUGGGGACGGCGUGGGGGUUGGGCGGGACGUGUGUGAAUGUCGGGUGUAUACCGAAGAAGCUGAUGCACCAGGCCAGUUUGUUGGGGGAGGGGAUUGAGGAUGCCAAGAAGUACGGGUGGGAGAUUGGGGAGGAGAAGAAGCAUAACUGGCAGACGAUGAUUACCAAUGUGCAGGAUUACAUAUCCUCGUUGAAUUGGAAAUACAAGUUGGCGCUGCGCGACGCCACCGUCACCUACCACAACGCCUACGCGAAAUUCGUCGACCCGCACAAGAUGCUGGCGGUGACGGCCAAGAACAAGCAGGUGGAGCUGACGUCGGAGCGCUUCAUCAUCGCCACGGGCGGUCGGCCGCGCUACCCCGACAUCCCCGGCGCCAAGGAGUACUGCAUCACCAGCGACGACAUCUUCUCCCUGCCCUACCCGCCCGGCCGGACGCUGGUCGUGGGGGCCAGUUACGUGGCGCUGGAAUGCGCCGGUUUCCUGCACGGACUGGGAUACGAUGUGACGGUGAUGGUGCGGUCGAUAUUUUUGCGUGGAUUCGAUCAGGAGAUGGCCGAGAGGAUAGGGAAGUACAUGGAGGAGACCAAGGGGAUUAAGUUCAUCAAACAGGCCGUGCCGACCAAGGUCGAGAGGCUGGAGGAAGGCGAACCGGGCCGUUUGAGGGUAACGUCGGAUCAAAAGGGACAGGAAAUUGUUGAUGAGUAUAAUACCGUGUUGUUUGCCAUUGGACGUGAUGCCUGCACAGGGACCAUCGGUCUGGAGAAGGCCGGCGUCAAAGUCAACCCCAAAACCGGAAAACUGGAUGCCAUUGCCGAGCAGACGAAUGUCAAGCACGUUUAUGCCAUUGGCGAUGUGCUGUGUGGCCGCCCCGAAUUAACGCCGGUGGCCAUCCAAGCGGGCACGAUGUUAGCGCGGCGUCUGUACGGCGGAUCGAGCGAAGUGUACGACUACGACAUGAUCCCCACGACGGUCUUCACCCCGCUGGAGUACGGCGCCAUCGGGUACGCCGAGGAGGCGGCCAUCGAGAAGUACGGGAAGGAGAACAUUGAGGUGUACCACACCCUGUACCGGCCGCUGGAAUGGACGCUGCCGGGGCAUGCCGAUAAUGCGUGCUACGCGAAGCUGGUGUGUCUCAAGUCGGAGGACGAACGGGUCAUCGGGUUCCAUGUGUGCGGACCCAAUGCCGGCGAGAUCACGCAGGGCUACGCGGUGGGAAUGCGUCUAGGUGCCCGGAAGAAGGACUUUGACCUGACGACCGGCAUCCAUCCGACCUGCUCCGAGAUCUUCACCACACUGAACAUCACCAAGAGCAGCGGGAAGGAUAUCAGCGCGGCGGCCUGCUGAGGUUAAAGAUCCCGGCGGGAACGGGGGAGGAACAGCCGUUCCUUCCCUGUUUCCAGCCGGAUGCGGGCGUAUGGGGUGCGGAGCGCUGCUUCACUGUCUGGUUGGCGUUAUGAUGAUGCCCAUUCUCAACCGGAUUAUACCGGCGGUGGGUGUCGGAUGGAUCAACUGGGCGGUGGCAGUGCGUGGGAAAACUGUUUGUUGCGAACUGAUUGCGGCAUGGUAAUCGUAUGAUGUGUCUGUGUGUCUGCGUAUUUAUCUUUUAUUUUCCGUGAUUUUUUCAUUUAUGGAGUAGAUGGGGGGUCCCUGCUUUUGUUUGUUUUUGGCUUGGUUAUUGACCGGAUUAUUGUAUUUUUUUUCUCUCUCUCUGUCUCUGGCUUUUUGGUUACGGAUUGCGUGUCGCUUUGAUACAGUGGAUGACAGUCGCUGCGACGUUUUGGCUACCUUUUUGAUCGAAGAUUUUUGUCGAUUCGCAUAGUAUGGAUGAUAUUUUUAGUGGACAAAAUUUAAUAAUAUUAUUCGGGAAAUUUGUUG